CGGCCGCAAGCCUGAGGAGUACGGGUGCGGACCGUAGCCGCGCACACAGUGACGUUGCGCCCGAAAAGUGGCUAGAAAAUAAACGCGAAAAUGAAGUGUCGCGCACGGCGGUAAGAGACAACAACCGGGGUUGGCGAGAAACGCGGGCGCGGUGCUCUUCAGCAAGCUGGUGAUCGCUUCGAAUACGGGCGGAUGCGAUAGAUGUGCGCGCGGUGUGCGGCGGCCAGCUUCGGACAGGAUGACGCCGGGCAAUGCUAGCGCCAGCUCAAGACACGCAUCUGCACCCUAACGCGAGUUAGACACAAAAUGGAGGCAUGCUGCUGUAAGCCCACUCUGACAAACCAGGUUGGCCGCAGCGCAGGAAGCGGCGGCUCAGGCGGUGCAGCAGCAGGCGGGGGCGGGCGCAGCUGAUAGAAUGGGGGGUGUGAGGGAAGCGGGCGGCCAGGGGCCCAGCUCGCUCUUCCUGUUGUCCGACGAGAAUUUCAUCCGUAGAUACACGCGCUUCAUCAUCGAGUGGCCUCCGUUUGAGUAUGCCGUGCUUUCGACAAUCAUAGCAAACUGUGUGGUGCUGGCGCUGGAGGAGCACCUGCCCAAUCAUGAUAAGACUAUGCUAGCACAAAAAUUAGAAAAAACAGAGGCAUACUUUCUAGGAAUAUUCUGUGUUGAAGCUUCGUUGAAGAUUCUAGCAUUAGGUUUCGUUUUACAUAGAGGAUCAUAUCUCAGAAACAUUUGGAACAUUAUGGAUUUCUUUGUCGUGCUCACAGGGUUUAUAACGAUGUUCCCUCAGGAAAUCAUAGCGGUGGACCUGCGCACGUUGCGCGCCAUUCGAGUGCUAAGACCUCUCAAGCUAGUCUCUGGCAUUCCUAGCCUCCAAGUCGUGUUGAAGUCCAUCAUCAAAGCUAUGGCUCUGCUGCAGAUCGGUUUGUUAGUAUUGUUUGCCAUCGUUAUAUUCGCGAUCAUUGGUUUAGAAUUCUACUCGGGAGCGCUACACAGAACCUGUUAUAGUCUCUAUGAUAUAGAUGAAAUUAUUAAGGAGGGCGACGCAGCGGCCUGCAACACCGAUAAUCAAUCGCAGGCGGAGCUGCAGGGGAGCAAUUGGUGUCGCGACGGCAACUCGGUGUGUCUGGAGCGGUGGCAGGGUCCGAACAAUGGCAUCACCUCCUUUGACAACAUCGGUUUCGCCAUGCUCACCGUGUUCCAGUGUAUCACCAUGGAGGGAUGGACUUCGAUACUGUAUUGGAUGAACGAUGCAGUCGGCAGCUACUUCAAUUGGAUGUACUUCGUGCCGCUGAUUGUGCUCGGCUCGUUCUUCAUGCUCAAUCUGGUGCUCGGUGUGCUUAGCGGAGAGUUUGCCAAGGAAAGAGAAAAAGUAGAAAACAGGCAAGAGUUUUUAAAGCUACGUCGAGCUGCCCAGUUAGAAAGAGAGCUAAAUGGCUAUGUGCAAUGGAUUUGCAAAGCUGAGGAAGUAAUAUUAGCUGAAGAACGGACGACAGAAGAAGAAAAAAUGCACAUAAUGGAAGCGCGUCGACGCGCGGCGAAGAAAAAGAAGCUGAAAAAGAUGGGCAAGAGUAAAAGCACGGAUACCGAGGAGGAGGAGCAGGAGGAAGAGCUGGGCGACGAUGUAUUUCUUACAGAGUCUAAGAAAAAACUAAAAGGUUUUGGGCGCGCCGGCUACAUGAAGACCCGGGCACAGGGCCCGGGCGGGUGCGCCUCCUUCUGGCGCGCCGAGAAGCGCUUCCGGUUCGCCAUCAGGCACGCCGUCAAGACGCAGUGUUUCUAUUGGUUCGUCAUCGUGCUCGUCUUCUUCAACACUGUCUGCGUUGCGGCGGAAUUUCACGGCCAGCCAAAUUGGCUUACAGAUUUUCUUUAUUAUGCUGAAUACGCAUUUCUGGGUCUAUUCAUGCUGGAGAUGGUGGUGAAGAUGUACGCACUGGGACCUCGGAUCUACUUCGAGUCGGCGUUCAACCGUUUCGACUGCGUGGUCAUCUCAGGAUCCAUCUUUGAGGUGGUAUGGUCGGAGGUGAAGGGCGGCUCGUUCGGCCUGUCCGUGCUGAGAGCUCUAAGACUGCUGCGCAUCUUCAAAGUGACCAAAUACUGGUCGUCACUGCGAAAUCUCGUCAUCUCGCUGCUGAACUCCAUGCGCUCCAUCAUCUCACUGCUGUUCCUGCUCUUCUUGUUCAUUCUCAUAUUUGCGCUGCUCGGCAUGCAGCUCUUCGGCGGGCAGUUCAACUUUGACGAGGGCACGCCACCCACCAACUUCAACACGUUUCCCAUCGCUCUACUCACCGUCUUUCAAAUCUUAACCGGUGAGGAUUGGAACGAGGUGAUGUACUAUGGCAUUGACGCGCUGGGCGGUCACAAAUCCGGCAUGAUCUACUCGUUAUACUUCAUCAUUCUCAUGCUGUUUGGCAACUACACUUUGCUCAAUGUGUUCUUGGCUAUCGCCGUCGAUAAUUUAGCCAACGCCCAGGAACUCACAGCUGCCGAAGAGGAACAGGCUGAGGAGAACAAAGAGAAGCAAGCACUGGAGCUGGAGAAGGAGAUGGAGGCGUUGCAAAUGGAAGGUGCGCCUCGAUUAGAUGGCAGCUCUUCACCAACAAGCCCGAAAGAAAAAGAUGAAAAACCCGAAGAGGAAGAAGAAAUUGUCGGACCCAAACCUAUGCUGCCAUAUUCUAGCAUGUUCAUACUAUCACCCACAAAUCCUGUAAGAAAAGGGGCACAUUGGGUAGUUAAUUUAAAGUACUUCGAUUUUUUUAUCAUGAUAGUGAUAAGUCUGAGUUCGAUAGCGUUAGCGUGCGAGGAUCCCGUUGUGGAAGACUCGCCGACAAAUCAAGCUCUAGAUGUUUUGGAUUUGGGGUUUACCGCCGUGUUUGCGACCGAACUGCUUCUCAAGAUCAUCGAUCUGGGAAUCAUUUUGCAUCCGGGCGCGUAUCUGCGCGAGUUCUGGAAUCUGAUUGACGCGAUAGUCGUCGUCUGCGCGCUCAUUUCGAUGGGAUUCGAUUUCUUGGGCACAUCUACGAGUCUGUCGACGAUCAAAUCCCUAAGAGUGCUCCGAGUGCUGAGACCUUUAAAAACAAUUAAACGAGUGCCCAAAUUAAAAGCAGUGUUUGACUGUUUAGUGAACUCAUUAAAAAAUGUGAUAAACAUUCUGAUAGUGUACAUAUUAUUCCAGUUUAUAUUCGCUGUAAUCGCCGUUCAAUUGUUUAACGGAAAGUUUUUUCACUGCACUGAUUCUAGUAAAUUUACGGAAUCGACAUGUCAGGGGACGUACUUUUUAUAUGAGGAAGACUCUGAUGUGCCCCGCAUAGAAGCUAGAGAAUGGAAACUGCAGAGUUUCCAUUAUGAUGACGUGGCCAUGGCUAUGUUAACACUAUUUGCUGUGCAAACUGGUGAAGGAUGGCCACAGGUUUUACAAAAUUCAAUGGCUGCCACAUAUGAGGAUCAAGGCCCAAUACAAAAUUUUCGUAUUGAAAUGUCCAUUUUCUACAUCGUGUAUUUCAUAGUGUUUCCAUUCUUCUUUGUAAAUAUAUUCGUUGCCUUGAUUAUCAUCACAUUUCAAGAACAGGGUGAAGCCGAACUGCAAAGCGGUGAGAUUGAUAAAAAUCAGAAAUCCUGUAUUGACUUCACGAUACAAGCCCGUCCGCUAGAAAGGUAUAUGCCUAACAAGCGGAACAGCUUCAAAUACAAGAUCUGGCGUGUCGUCGUCUCAACGCCCUUCGAGUACUUCAUCAUGAUGCUCAUUGUGUUCAACACGCUGCUGCUGAUGAUGAAGUACCACGAUUCUCCACCCGUGCUCUCCGACACCCUGGCGGCAAUGAAUAUUCUGUUUACUUUCCUCUUCCUUUGUGAAACCGUACUCAAGCUCAUCGCUUUUGGAAUCAAGAACUUCUUCAAAGAUCCUUGGAAUACCUUCGAUUUGAUCACGGUGGUUGGCAGUAUUAUCGACGCGGUGGUCGUUGAAUUUGGUGAAAGGGCAGCGGCGAAAGUGUCAAAAGAGUCAGCGCAGAGGGACAAUUUCAUCAACGUCGGCUUUCUGCGGUUGUUCCGCGCGGCGCGUCUUAUCAAACUCCUGCGGCAGGGCUACACGAUUCGCAUCCUGCUCUGGACGUUCGUGCAAAGCUUCAAGGCUCUUCCAUACGUCUGUCUUCUAAUAGCGAUGCUGUUUUUCAUUUAUGCUAUUAUUGGCAUGCAAGUAUUUGGAAACAUUGCUGAGAAUCCAGCAGAGUCUAUCAAUCGACACAACAAUUUCCGAAAUUUUAUACAAGGCCUUAUGUUAUUGUUUAGAUGUGCAACGGGCGAAUCCUGGCCGAGUAUUAUGUUGUCCUGCAUAAAAGGACGACAAUGCGAUGAGAAAUCCGAUAAGGAGGACCCGCUUAGUUGUGGGUCAAACCUGGCAUACGCCUACUUUGUAUCAUUUAUCUUCUUUUGUUCAUUUCUUAUGUUGAAUCUGUUCGUUGCUGUCAUCAUGGACAACUUUGACUAUUUAACAAGAGACUCGUCUAUUUUGGGCGCCCAUCAUUUAGACGAGUAUGUAAGAAUAUGGGCUGAAUACGAUCCAAACGCUACAGGUAAAGUCCUGUAUCAAGAAAUGUACGACAUGUUGAAAAACAUGGACCCGCCGCUGGGAUUCGGUAACAAGUGUCCCAAUCGGUUGGCGUACAAAAAACUUAUAAGAAUGAACAUGCCGGUGGAUGCAGAAGGCCGGGUGAAUUUUACAACCACACUCUUUGCACUUAUACGAGAGAAUCUUGCCAUUAAAAUGAGACCAGCUGAUGAAAUGGACGUGGCCGAUGAAGAACUCCGUGAAACAAUAAAAAUAAUCUGGCCAAUACAAGCGAAAAACAUGGUGGACUUACUAGUGCCUCCACCGGACCAGCUCAACACUGGUAAGAUGACAGUGGGAAAGAUCUACGCCAGUUAUUUGAUAUUAGAGAGCUGGAGGACGACCAAAUUCGGCCAGCUGGAGUCAGCCGGAGGCAAUCAGGGUUUUGGAAAUAGCCCCUCAGCCAAUCACGCGGUGAUGGAACUACAGGAUGUUCUUAGCUCACGCCGUCCAUCGAUGGAGAGCAUAGGCGAUCAGCAACAUUUACAUCCGGCGGGUAACUACCCGAACACGCAUCGAAGAUCACCGAGUUUAAGACGUGGGAACUCCCCGUCGAUGCAGCGUAGUCCCUCGCCGGGACGUAGGUAUCCAUCACAUCUGCACCACGAUAUUGGCUUCUCGGACACGGUGUCCAAUGUGGUUGAAAUUGUAAAGCACGAACAUCAACGUUCGUCGCAGAGGCACCGGAAAGGAGGUGAGUUUCUGGGAUCAUGGUCGGCGUCGACCAGUCCGGCGAGGUCACCCUCGCCGACCAACAACAGGCAUCACUACAAUGUGCGGCAUGGAGGCGGCGGAGGAGGAGGUGGAAGCGGAGGCUACAGGGCGCCGCACCGGGGUGCCGCUUACGGUACUACCAGCCUUUGCCAGAGAUCUAGAUCCCCAAGUCCCACACAUCCCGUGCCUCAUCAACACGGUCCUCCUACAAUCGCUUGCGCGGUUGUGGGACUUCCGGUGCAUCAUUCAGCGGCCAUGCAGGGCAGCGUGCAACACAGCCAUCCUGUACUUGGGUCUCGUAGAGGGCAAGGAAGGAGACUACCGCCAACUCCAUGCAAACCUUCGACGUUACAAUUACGACCAGGACCCAUCAACUUUCCAAAGUUGAAUGCAUCGCCAACCCACUUUGAUCUCUUGCAGAUGCAAUCACAUUCGGCACAUGCUACACCCCAUGCAUCACUCAACAUGGCGCUGGUCAGAGAAAGAGAACCACCUCACGAAAUGGUAGCACCACUUCGAGACGCGCCCGCGGCACCACUCAGCUUCGAGCAGGCGGUAGCACUGGGACGUGGUGGACGGAUGCUGCCCAGUCCUGUGCCCAACGGCUACAAGCCGAAACCGUCGCGCUCGCGGCACUCUGACUCCGACGACGACGACUGGUGCUAACACUAGGGGACCUACUCAGUCACAUGAGUACCCACCCACCAAACGGACGCGCGCGCGGUGUGAUGACUUAACUCGCAAAAGGCCUUCAAGGAAUUGAUUAUUGUGUUUUUAAAACGAACCGCAAAUUCGUAAAAAUUCGCUUGUGCAUAACAACCCACCGACGAACCAAAAAAAUCAGCGCAAAAAAAUAAUCCAAAACAAAGAAACAGAAAAAUAAAACAGUAGCGGUGUCACGAACAAUGUUCACAUUCAGUGAGCGGUGAGUACUGUCCCCCGGCGAAUGUUAAACAAACAACACUUAAGUAUAGACUUACCGGAAACGCCAUCUUCGACUUUAUUCAACUUACAUUUAAAACAUAUUAAAGAAAUCAUCAUGCAAACACUCUAGUCUACUAUUAAGAACGUUGUAACGAAGUUCCAGUUCGUUGAGUGGUUAUUGAAUAUAAUACACAACACACGUUUUCGUUCGAGCGUUAGUUGUCUGAACUAAAAACAGUGAGAAAAAGAACGUAGAGAACGUGUAAAGUGUAAAUGCGCAUAGGCAUUUUUAUACUUUUCUAUGACUAUAGCGCUUUGUUUGGAACAUCCAGUAUAUUACGUUCACUGUAUGCAGGCAAAAAAAAAACAAAAAAAAAACACUCACACACAACUUUAGUAACUCAACUGCCAGCGAUCGAACAAAACAAAUUCCAUGAUUAACUUGAAGAGAAAAUACUAAAAUGACAACAAUUAUUAUUAAGUUUGAGUUGAUCUGACGCCACACACUGAGAGAACAACACUUCGUAUACCUUUGUACAUACAAACAAACAAAGCAUAAACAAUGAUAACUUGCAGUUAGAUUUCAAAUUUACUAACCAACGUGUGUAUGAAUGUCGUUUUUACACAUUAACGUUAUAAUAACCAAAACUACAAAACAAAAAUGAUGAAAAAACGGUGCAAGGACGCAAAUGGACAGGCGAUGACGAGGAAUAUUAUUGAUAAUUAUAUAAUUCUUCCCUAAAGUGCUUUAAAAUCACUAAAUUUACGAAUCCAUAACGUGUAUGUGUGUGUGUGCAAGUCGCAGACCGGAAACCCACACACGUCACAAAAACAUAACAAUAAAAGCAGCGUUCGCCGCUAGAUAUCUAACCUAACCUUAAAUUUGCAUUCAGCUGUACUUAACCUCACUGGACGCAGAGAUCCGCAAGACGUGUUGAAUUUGUCUGUUGAAACUUGUCAAACGUGAAUAUUAUCUAUAAAACAUUGCGCAUGUGAAACACUUGCAACUCUUUCCACCAGCUACAACACUACACUACAACCUAAGUUAUACAGAGUGUUCCAAGAAACAUAGUCUAAGUGUUGAUAAAUGUGCUGAUUAUUUCGUUGCUAGCAUUUGGAACACCUUAUACCUUAUGGUUAUUUCUGUGAUAUGUAAGAUGAAACCGAGCAGGAAAAUCUAGUGACACACACACCAACACAUGCAUUCGACUAGAUAGUUUGAGUUGAUUGGUUUUAGUAAUUCACUCAUAACACAGAAAGUAACAAGACAUUCUCAUCGUGGUGUUGUCAUAAUUUAGGCAAUAUAUUCAAUCAAUUUACAGCGUUUGAUUGUUUGCUAGAAUUUUCUACCGAAUCCGAGCAUGAAAUAGCGUGAACCUUGUGUAUUUAUACCGGAACGAAGUGUUUAGACAACCUAAUUUCAUUGUAUAGUUGUAUUUUUAACAAAAGAGAUGCCUUAUAUAUAAAAAUGAAGUUAACAAGUAAACCAAGUGGGGAAAACAAGACGUAAUACAGAAAUUUGCGCGCGUAGAGUCGGCGCGGGAUGACGAAUGAAAACUCGGUGUGAAAAGUUGUAAACAUUUGAAAAAUUGUACAGGAGUGCACUCACGUUUCCGAUAUUCACACAAUCUUAGCGUGUAUUUCGGUCUUAUUAAACCUUGAAUUUAGCUGAUAUGAGACAACAUUAACGUUAAAACUAACCUAAAAAUGAAGCGAUACUUACGCGUGCGCAAGCGCAUAACAUUUUUUAUAUUAACAAGAAACUAGCGCGAGAAGGUCGCGAUCCUGUUCCCAUUCGUGUCGUGGAGAAUAAUAAACAUAAAAACACACUAGGAUUAAUAUAAAACAAAAAAAAAACUAUGCAAGUAAUUUAAACUAAAAUGAGAAAACCCAGUGAGAAUCGAAGAAUAUUAUAUAUACAAAAGAAAAAAACAACCACACAUAUGCUUAUAACGUUGAUCAAGAUGGCGGGACGUUCAAUCGGCGUCGUGUAUUCUUUGGCUGUAAAUAUUAUAAAUAUGAUCAUAGGCUAGUCUAGGUGUAAUCGUGUUCCAUAUGCACACAAGAAUCUUACAUUGAAAUUCAAGUUCACUUUGAUUUCGUGCGCUGGCGCCCUCUGUGUGUUGAUAAUCUAUAAUCUACGAGAUAUAUUGUAUGUUGAAUUUGUUGAUUCUUGUUGAAUUGUUUCGCGAUCUUUCCGAUUUAUUUGUUCAUAUUGUAAAUGUGAUCACGAAUUCAUUCAAAGCGCGAUGCAAAAUGGCGCAUUGGCGUACCACCAUUUUGUGUACAUCCGGAUGCAUAUCACACACACACACACCACACUCACACAUAAGCGCGCGCGUUGAAGCAUUCGAUAAUUACGAGAUAAGAUAGCUAAUUAUUCGCAUUUUCGAGCCACACCAUCAUCAGGAAUAUUCGCCCACGACGAUGACACGUAACACUUUCACCCGCCCCCACCCACACACAUUAACUAACUAAGGAUAACGAGUUUACAAUUUAAACGUAAAUUUUAAACGUGAAUAAAUACUACUAUCUCUGCCAAUUUCAUCAAAGUGUAAACAAAAAUGAUUACGGGUUGCAUUCGUGCCUAAUUUCGUUUUGUCGCGGACACAUCGUUGAUUAUGAUAAUAUAUAUCGUUGAUUUUGUUGUCAAAGUUUAAGAAUGCCAGGUGUUAUCGGUUCCGCUCCUUUUUGCCAUACUGGUCGGGUCACACACUCAACCCAACACCCUGUAUAUAUCCAAUAAAUUUGCACAUAUUGAAAGCAAUAUUAUUAGAAUGGCAAUUAUUCGUUGGUUUCUCGUUGAAAUUAAUACUUAGCUUUGACCCGACGGCGUUAUUACUAUCCCAGAUAAAAUCGUGUGUAUGUUGUAUAUCGUGUCUGCUUGUGCAUAACCUCGAUAAACAUGCGCGAACAAAAUGGCCGCCGCGAUACGAAUCGUUUUUUCCCAAUGAUGUUGUGUUCCCUAGUCGUAGCCGCUCUUUCAACUAAAUACAUUUACUUAUAAAAUCAGUCGAACGCCGAACGCAGCGCCGGAAACCGGAAGCACUCGACAUGGCGAGACAUAAAUGACUUUUACAUUUGCAAAUAAAACUAAAUAGUAACUACAUUGAUGAUGAUUCAAAACAACACACAUUCGUACUUGUAUUAUUAACUUAUGUCGUAAGCAAACUUACACUUAAUUACAUAUUACAUAAUAUACCUUAUCGUAUAAGUACAUAUAAAUAUAAAAUACGAGUUCAAAGUCCAAAUUUUAUAAAAUUCAGCAUCUGUACAUAUAUUUUAAAUCUAGAUAUGAGAAAUAAUAGUAAAUAAAACCAUGAGGUGAUGUUGGCGGCGAGUGGAACGGUCGACCGGAAACAAUAUGGCGGAGGAUGCCAUCCACAUUUCAAAAAUGAUGCUGGGUUAUGUUUUUCGUGCACGAAUUGCGAUGGAUUCAAACACUGCGGGCAAACAAAACAAACAAAACCAGAGAGAAAACUAUAAGAAAGUAUUAUUAUCAUGUUACAUACAUAAAUUAUAAGCGCAUAAUAAUUUAUCUAAAUAUAGUUGUUAAGACUUGAACAGCAACAUUUUUGAAGUUGGUUCGUGGAGACGAGGCGACACACGAUGGUCGAAAUGCGACCGCUGCGAGAUAUUGAAAUAAUAUAUAUUGAAAUAUAUUGAUCUAUUGUGAGCAUGAUGUGUAAAAUGCAAAGCGACACGUAAAAACGACAAAAAAAAAAUCACAAAAAAUUGAAAAUGAGAAACCAAAAAUUACAGAACUUAUAAACAUUUAAGAGAAUGAAUAAGAUUUAUAUAUAAAUAUAUUAUAAUUAUAUGACAUAAAAAUCUUUUUCGUAAUUAUGUUAUGUAUUGAAUAUUUAUGUAAUUUAUUAUUAAUAUCUAAUGAUAUCAGUUAGACUAUUUGCAUUAGUGUUAUAACUAAACAAACAAAAAACAACAAACAAAAAUAUUAUCAUCGCUUUAAAGCCCAUUUUUUAAUGAAAAUCGUAAAUAAAUUAUGAUAAUAUAUGAAAACACAAGAUGCGCACAAGAAGCAAAUCCUAAA